AUGAAGGGAAGCAGUGCAGUUGAAGCUGGGGAAGUAGUUUCAAAGGGAAUAGCAUCAAGAAGAGUGAUGAAAAGAGGGCUCUCUGUAAUGGAUCUGGUUCUCAGAAUCAUAGCCAUUGCCGCAACUUUUGGUAGCGCUGUGGCCAUGGCUACUUCUCACGAGAGGCUUCCCUUUAUCACUCAGUUCGUUCACUUCAGAGCUGAGUUCGAUGACCUUCCCAGCUUCUUGUUUUUUGUGCUGGGCAACGCUAUUGUGUGUGGCUAUCUGGUUCUUUCAAUUGUCCUUUCCAUCUUCCACAUAGCCAGAACCACUGCAGUUAAGAGCAGGAUUCUCUUGCUCUUUCUCGACGCGGUAGCGAUGGGGUUUCUGACAUCGGCAGCGGCAGCAGCGACGGCAAUCGUGGAGGUAGCACACCACGGCAACCCAAACACGAACUGGUUUCCAAUCUGCCAACAAUAUAACAGUUUCUGCGAGCGAGUUUCGGGAACCCUAAUUGGCUCUUUCAUCGCAGUGAUUGUGUUGCUCAUUCUCAUCCUCAUAUCUGCAGUUUCCAUCUCCCGAAUUCAUCAUCAUGCCUGAGACCCAAUGCAUAGUUUAAAAACCUUUUCGUCCUUUAAUAUAUUUGUGUUCUCUUCUUUCGUUUCGUCGCUUGUGAACAGUAAUUAUAUUAACUCAUGUCC